AGAAUGGUAGGGGGAGGGAGAGAGAGGGGAAGAGUUUCCAAACUUGUCUCCAGUGACACGAGACAUUUACGCUCCACAAGAUAAAACUGCCACUUAGAGCCCAGGAGAGCUAAACCUUCCUGGGCUGGCCUGGGGGCUCCAGCAGAGUCAUGGGUUCUCUGGCCUUAGAGCUGUGCGCUCUCUUCUGCCUGGUGGCUCACUUGGUUUCUGGCAGCCCCAUCAUGAGCCUGGAGCGGUCGCCUCUGGAAGAAGAUAUGCCCCUGUUCGAUGAUGUCUUCUCAGAGCAAGAUGGUGUUGACUUCAACACAUUGCUGCAGAGCAUGAAAAAUGAAUUUCUCAAGACAUUGAACCUGUCUGACAUCCCUAUGCAGGAUUCAGCCAAGGUUGACCCGCCAGAGUACAUGUUGGAACUCUACAACAAAUUUGCAACCGAUCGGACCUCCAUGCCGUCUGCCAACAUCAUUAGGAGUUUCAAGAAUGAAGAUCUGUUUUCCCAACCAGCCAGUUUUAAUGGGCUCCGAAAAUACCCUCUCUUCUUCAAUGUGUCCAUCCCUCACCACGAAGAGGUCAUCAUGGCUGAACUCAGGUUGUACACGCUGGUGCAAAGAGAUCGCAUAAUAUAUGAUGGAGUAGACCGGAAAAUUACCAUUUAUGAAGUACUAGAGAGCAAAGGGGACAAUGAGGGUGAAAGGACCAUGCUGGUCUUGGUGUCAGGGGAGAUCUAUGGAACCAACAGUGAGUGGGAGACUUUUGAUGUUACCAAUGCCAUCAGACAUUGGCAAAAGUCAGGCUUAUCCACCCACCAGCUGGAGGUCCACAUCGAGAGCAGACAGGAUGAAGCUGAGGACGCUGGCAGAGGACAACUAGAAAUAGACACCAGUGCCGAGAAUAAGCAUGACCCUUUGCUUGUCGUGUUUUCUGAUGACCAAAGCAGUGAGAAGGAGGGGAAGGAGGAACUGACUGAAAUGAUCGCCCAUGAGCAACUUCUGGAGUUGGACAACCUGGGCCUGGAGGGUUUUUCCAGUGGACCUGGGGAAGAGGCAUUGCUGCAGAUGAGGUCAAACAUCAUUUAUGACUCCACUGCCCGCAUCAGAAGAAAUGCCAAAGGAAACUACUGCAAGAGGACCCCACUCUACAUCGACUUCAAGGAGAUUGGCUGGGACUCUUGGAUCAUUGCUCCGCCUGGAUACGAAGCCUACGAAUGCCGUGGUGUUUGCAACUACCCCCUGGCAGAGCAUCUCACACCCACAAAGCAUGCAAUUAUCCAGGCCUUGGUCCAUCUCAAGAAUUCCCAGAAGGCUUCCAAAGCCUGCUGUGUGCCCACCAAGCUAGAGCCCAUCUCCAUCCUCUAUUUAGACAAAGGUGUCGUCACCUACAAGUUUAAAUAUGAAGGCAUGGCCGUCUCUGAAUGUGGCUGUAGAUAGAAGAGGAGUCCUGUGGCUUAUUUAAUAACUGUAAAUGUGUAUAUUUUGUGUUCCUAUUUAAUAAGAUUAUUUAAUAAGAUUAUGUACAGAUCAUAGAGUCUUGCUACCUUAGGGAAUUUGACAGGUCAGUUUGUUGUAGGAAAUGCAUUUUUACUAUGCAGUCUAGACCCUUCCAAUCUGUUUUUCUUCAGACUUGCCAUUUCCCGGCAAUACCAUCUCUAACAGCAAGUGGCAAACCCACACUACUUGUCCUCUAUGUCAAUUUGAAAACAACAACCCCUAAGCAGAAAUACAGCGUCGAAAGAUAGAUAUUUGUGUAUGUAUAUGUGUACAUAGAUAAACUUAUAAAAAUCUUUUGGUUCUAUAGAGGUAGAUUAGACUCACACAUGUGCAUGACUCAACCCCAUGUGUAUAUAUUAAAAGUCAAUGGUAUGUUCUCAGUCACCUCUUCUCUGAGUAGGAUUUAUGUCAAGAUAAUUUGCACCAGGAAUUUAACCUUCCUAGGAAGUACUCCAUUUCCUAAAUGCUAUUGGAAAUAUAGGUGUCGCUUUUGUCAGUUGAGUUUCUGCCAUUGCUGAGAGCAGCACAGCCUAGUAAAGGAGACUGCAUGUUUGAGAGGAGGAGUUAUUUGAUGCAGAAACCAAAUGGCUUCAAGACGGAGUGGCCUUAAGGUACAAUAGCAAAGAAGGAGCCCACAGGGCACAGUGAACUCUAGAGGGCAGCGCCUGGCCAAGAAAGAAAGACAGGGCACUUCAGGAUGACAUCUGUUCCUGAGAUAAUUAAAGCAAAGCCGUGAAUGUUGGCCUUUAUUGCUGUAGAGGGAGAGGAGGUGGAAGGGGCCUCACGGGGAGGAGGGGGAAAAGAUAUAGAUCCUAUUCUAGGAUGUGUUUGUAAAAUUAGAAGCAGUUUUAACAGGAGAAUUAAAUCGUUUGGACUAAAUAAAAUUAUCAGUGACUCAGAGGAGGAAAAUCCAGAAAGGAUCUGUUUGUUGGACUCUGCUUCUUAAUAUUUUUCUUCAAAUCUUAAUAUUUCUCCCUUGCCUCUGCACCUCUGCUUUUGCUUUUUUCCCGCCUUUUUCCUCCCCUCUUUCUUCUUUGCCUCAUAUCUUUCUCCCAUUCCUUUGUCCUCUGUCUUCGCUGGCCUUCAUUGCCCCCGCUGUGGGCUGGAAGGGGACAUCUGAAAGCAUUUCUCCUCAGGAUGAAUGGAGUUAGCUCUAAUUUCUAGGUUUCCCCUUGAUAUUUAAUUUGAUUUAUUUUAAUAAUAUCCUUUGUGAAAUGUCUUGUUCAUGAAGAAUACUUAAAUAUAAGAAAAAGAAAAUCAGAGUCUAAACAGAUACAUCUAAAUAAACGAGUCAAUAAAUAGACACUUGAACAAAUAACUCAAAAACUAAGCCUGUAUUUUGAAAUCAGGUUUGCCCCAUGGUAGAAACCCUGUAGCCUUCCCACUCUUCCCAUUCGGUAGUCUUCCCACUUCGGAACUGGCCAGGACAAAGGGACUGGGAUGUGUUCUUUACCGGAAUGGUCUGGUGGGUCUGCCAGCACUUGGCCAGUUGGAAGGACUCUGAGACUCUGGCUUUGGUCUUAGGAUCCUCCCCCGCACGUGGGAUCAUAUACUUGGUGCAGGAAGAACCAGAGCAGAGCAGUUCUCAAGCUGUUCUGACACCUCCAGGCAGACAACACGGAUGGUUCACACUAGAGUCAGGAAUGUGGCUUCUAGUACACUGUUUCCCACUCACCCUGUUGAAUGCUUCCUUAAGAACGCUUGCAUUUUUUUUAACUGUGGGAAACCAUCUGUCUCCCUUUCACAAACUUCUUGGAGUUAUACAUUCAUAUUACACUAGAAAAUAGAGGCAAGGGAAGCUAUUUUGAAGGACAUUUUGCCCAAUGUGGACCUCAGUUCUGCAUAUCUGCUGUCCACUAGCAUCCAGAGGGUGGAUCCUGGGGAAAUCAUUGCCCAAGAAAAGUGGUAUUUUGACCCUCAGUGAGUAUACAGUGAUUGAUAAUUUGAGAUGGCCAUGCAGCUCAGAAUCAUUCAUUUAUGAAAUAGUCUCCAUAUAAAAUGGUAUGCAUGUAUGUGUGUGUGUGUGUGUAUAUGUGUGUGUCUGUGUAACUGGCUUUGGAUAGCCACACUCAGAGCCCACAGCGGGAUGUGGUGCAUCCUUUACACCCACAGUGCACUCUGUAUAUUCAUAUACUCUAUGGUACUUUUUAUCCUUUCUAAAGGACACUGUAAUUGACAUACAGUAAAACCUCAACUGAACAGGAUAGUCCUGGUUAAUAAAAAUCAAGCAAAAUUUUCUUUAUGUCUAAAAUAUAUAAGACAGUGGUAAGCUGGUAAAUGCUUAACAACCAGCAAUCCUGGGAGGGAAUAAGCCCUGAUUUGUGAAUUUCAAUGGUGUUAACUACUCCCACCAUGGCUUAUUUCAAGCUACCAGCGUGAUGUCAACUGGCUUGCAAAAUUCCUGAAAACUUAACAGUCAGCUCUCAGGAGCCACGCAUGCCAGCUCUGGCACCCCGCUGCUAUUAGCACACUGAUAUUAGAACACUGAAGUGUGCCAGGCCCUGCUUUCUGCCUUCCCUCUGCUGACUCUGCCAGGUUCCUGGAAAAACCUCAUUGCGAGCACUUAGAAUCACUCUUCGGUUAAAGAGAUGUGAAAAUCCAGGCUGUCGGCGAUUAGCCUGCAUAUCCCAGAUGUUUCUCCUUUCCCACAGUCCAGACACAAACAUGCAUUUCUGUGAUUUUCUUCUUCCCUAUGGAAAGAAAGUGCAGAAAGCCACAUAUUUGUUAUUCAAAUGUUGUUAGUUGAGUUUUUUCUGCUUUCUUCUCAUCAGAAGAUGAAAAAACAUAAACUCUAAAUAGAGGAGUCCUCCUAGCUCUCCUCAGGCCUCUUCCAGGAUGCAUGCGUCUCUUCUACAUCGUUGCAUGAACACGAAGCCGUGAAAUUGUCAGAUCCCUAGGAAAGCAGAGUUCGCUAAUGUCUUCUCUGCUCCUAGACCUUGGCGACGUCCCAUACCAGUCUUUUUUACAUUUUUACGUCAGAAUUAUCAUCAUUGAAGUCGACUCUCAAGAAAAAUUGUAGCAGAGGGACUUCGGCAGCCAAUAACCAAAAUAUCCAUGUAAGAAUUUCUAGGCUUCCUACUAUUUAUUGAUGGAUAUAUUUAUUUUUGUAAUAUAGUGUAGAAUACCAAAUAUUUUAUUUUUAUGUUUGUGAUUCCCUCUUGGAUAAAGUAGUCUUCUAUGCUUUUCAGAGAGUGCCUUUCCCAGAGUAUGGCUCCUUUAUGAUAUAUAGCCUAUAUUUUCAUCUCUCUUUUUGAUUCAAAAUUUCCUGUUAUUUUAAGGAGCCUUGCGAGAAGCUUGCCAUAACUUUGUAUAUUUUGUCUUGUAGGCAUGCUGUGAGCCCCUUGGCAUAUUUACUGAUUUGUAAAUAGUAUAGUUUUAACUGAAUAGUAUAGUUUUAACUGAAGUGUAGACGUUGCAGAAAAUAUUUAACCAAUAAAUUGUCCUGUUGUUCCAUGAGCUGACAUUGUCAUUUUUCCCUGAGAGGCAAAUAUUGUCAGCCUAUGAGGGACUCUCAUUGCUGCUCAGUGAGAGGAGGCAGUAUUUAAUUGGGGCUUUUCAUUUCCCAGACAAGGUGCUUCCCCUCUGACUGUAUCCAUUGCCUUCAUUGACCCAUCAAUUCGGACAUCCGGUUGGACAAAUUGGUUUGUAAUUGGACCAGUUACUCUAUAAAUGUAAAAAAUAUUAAUUUAAUGAUUCCCAAAAGAGUCAGCCUCAAAGUGCUUAAUUCUUUCCCUGUGUAUAACUCUUGGCCUGGGAAAUUAACGGUCAAUACUAUUCCCAGAACUAUUGGUAAUUGUUUAGGUGUUCUUUGGAAUCUAUAUUCUUCAAGUAAAACAUAUUUUCAUAGAAAAGAAUUUUACAUAUUACUUCUUCCUGGACUUCUCAACAGCCCAUAAAGCCCAGCAGUGUUGUGGCAAAACCAUUUAUAGUUUGUCUGCAACAUGGAGGGGGUGUUGCCAUUUUUAAGGACUGUGGAUCUUUCCACAGAGUCACCAUGGGUCAUACUUAGCCCUUUGUAUUUCAGGUGAAAAAGGAACACUACCGUGACUCUGUGCACUUUCUUGCCCCAACAAGAAUAUUUGAUUUCACAUAUUAAAUGGAAGGAAAGUAGAUAAUGUUGUACAAUGGUAGCAUGAGAGUGUUUCUAGGUGUGGAAAUUUGUCCGUAAGUUAAUAACGUCUUCAAGGAAUGACCGUUUGUUGUGAUCAGCACGCUUCUAUCACACACGAGCACUAGUUUUGUGAGUGUCUGCCCUGAUGGCAGUGGGGAGGUGGACGAGUUCACGCCCACCUAACGAACUUCCACAAAUACGGGAAAUCAGCCAACACCACGGUCACACCAAAUCAGCUGAAGCACGUUCCUUUUCUUAUGUAAAACCUGUUCAUUAUCUCUGUCCAAAUUUAUGUAGUAACUCCUAAACUAAAAGGAAGAUGGAAAUAAAUAUUUUACACUGUGUUCAUAAGCCAAAUGUGUACAUUCAAAGUCAUCUUGUUAAAUAAAAUGGAAAAAUUAUUUUGACGAUAAUUAUUUGUGAGUAUUUGUCCUUGAGAUGAAAUCUUUUUUGCACUCCCCCUCUGCUUUUUUUGUUUUUACUUUUCU